AUGGGGAAAAUUUUUGGAGGCAUUUGCUCACUUUCUGGCGUUCUCGUCAUAGCCCUUCCCGUGCCUGUCAUUGUCUCCAAUUUCGCACGCAUCUACCAACAGAGUCAACAGGCUGACAAAAAAAUCACCCAACAAGCUUUGAAAGUCGCGCGAUUCAAGAUUCUUGAGCAGGAGCAACAUUCGGCCUUCUUGAUGGGCAAGCGACUGGCGGAGGCACAUAUUAAUGCGCUGCACAGGACCAAAGGUGACAUGGCAAAGUGCAGCAGCGAGGCGGCGACACCUGAAGCAAGUGUCGAUUACGUGGGUACUAUGGCAACCUGCGGAGUGCUGGAGACUAUUCAAGAGGAGCUUGACGAUACACGCUCGCUACUCAGCCAGCUCACUAUGAGUCCCGUGCAACUGCAGCACUACCACCUUCUCAUCUGCCUUGAGCGACUAAUCGUAAGCCUCCCUGACGAUCAUUUAUUCUAUGCGGUAGCCAAAUUAAUAAGGGAAAUUUCAACUAUAUGA